ACAAAAAGUCUUUAAACUCUCUCUCUUUCUCUCUCUCUCUCUGCGUUCCACGCACUUUGCGUAUUCAACUCACUCUCUCUCUCUCUCUCUCUCUCUCUUCGCUCAGUGGUUAAGCUGCGUUGACUGAGAUAACCCCCCCAAAAACACCAAACCCAAAGCUUUCAUUUUUAUUCAAAUUUUCAUUUUUGUGUUCCUUCCCAUAUUUCCAAUUAUGUCCUCCGCCAUUUCCAAAGUUUCCACACCACUCCUUUCCCGCCGGUACGCAUUCUCGACGUCUUUCCGGUUGCCGGUGACGCCUUGAAAACCAAAAGCCAGCCACUUCAAUCUGGAAGCUAGGGCACCGAAAAAGUUUCCACCUUGAAUAUUUUUUAUUUGAAGAAAAAGUUUUUGUUUUUUGGGUGUGUGGUGGGAGGUUUGAGGGGUGGUUCGAGAAAAUGAAGAGGUUGAGAUCCAGCGACGAUCUUGAUUCGUACGGAAAAGAUCCGAGCCCGAAUCCGAAUCCGAGUAGUAGGUCAUCUUUGUCUUCUCACCGAAGCUUUUACUACAAGUCGGACGGUGCAAGAAAGGGUUUGUUGUCUUCGUCGUCGGCAUCUUCGGCUUCGGCUGCGGCGGCGGCGGCUAGGUAUGACAGAGAGCGGUUGGUGGACGACGACCGAGAAGGGUCGAGGAUUGUGAGGAAGCGAACAGCGGAUCACGAUUUCGAUGGAUUCGAUCGGAGAAAAGGGUUUGAUAGGUAUAGAGACGGUGGCGGUGGAGGAGAGAGCAGAGGGUAUGAUCGUGGUCUGAUGCAUCGUUCCGAGAGCUUUUGCGGGUCGAGGAGGGAAUUCCCGAAAGGAUUUCGAUCGGAGCGAGAUAGGUCUCGGCGAGAAGGGAGUGUUUCGUCAUGGAGAAGAUUUGGGAAUAAUAAUAAGGAGUUUGAAGAAGGAGGGAAUAGUAGCAGGAGUAGUAGAUUGGAGGAGAGAGGGAAGGGAUUGAGGGACGUAAAGUCGCCGUCUUGGUCGAAUUCGAAGGAUUCAGGUAGUGAGCAAUCUACUAGGGUUAGGUCUCCGAGCAGGGGAUUCAGAGAUGGGAAAUCCAUGUCCAUGUCUAAGUCCAAAUCGCCUACUUGGUCCAAGGACUCGGUUGGGAGCGAGCAAUCCAAGAGCGUUGAGCUGAAAAAGAGUGAAGAGGUUCAACAGGUUGAGAGUGGGAGUAGCAGUGAAAUGGAGGAAGGAGAGCUCGAACCUGAACCUGAGCCUGAACGCAAACAUGAGGCCGAACCCACAACCAAAACCGAGACCGAAAGCGUUCCAGAAGUUGAAGCUGAAAUGGCACAAGUGCGGGUUGAGGUUGAGGUUGAUGCUACUACUACUACUACUACUGCUGAUAGGGAGGUAGAGAGUGCGUGCCCAGUUGAGGAUAUGAAGACGGAUAUGGAGGAUAAAGAUAAGUCUUUGAGCAAAGAAGAGGUACAGAAAGAUCAGUCAUUGAGCAAAAAUGAAGAGGAUAGGAAUGGUGAAAGUGCUUUUGAAGGUAAAAAUGUGGAAAGCCAAGUAGAUGAGUUGCCUAAUCGUGAUAAAGGCAUGAUUGAUGAAUCACGUGAAGCUGAUAAAGAAGAUGGCAAGAGAGAAGAAGAACGUUUGAGGGAUGAUGAUGAUGAUGAUGAAUGUGAGGAAACAAGAAAGGAUACAGUUGAGGAAGAGAAAGUGCAAUUGGAAGGGGGAUCUAAGCAGGACAAGGGCAUAGAUCUUGAAGUCAAGGCUGAGGAUGAGGAAGGUAGGGAUAUGGAUAUGGAAGUCAUGGAAGAAAAUGGAGAUCCUAAAGAGGAAAUGGCAAAGGAAACAGAUGGUUUGGCACUGAGUUUGAAGGACAAAGGGAAAAGCUUGGCUGUUACACCCACCAACCAUGUUGCAGAUUCUACAGAGGAUGGUGCAUGGAAUGAAAGAGAACCUAGAGAUCUGUUAAGUUGCAGGGACAGUGAUAUGGAAGGACCCAGUACAAGAGGUUUUGAACUGUUUAGUAGCUCUCCUGUUAGAAGACAGGACAGAGCGGAGCAAUCUGGUGUUAAUAUGCAGACCAGUGAACAGCUAGGGCUUGAGCCACUUGAUCUUUCUCUUAGUUUGCCGAAUGUUCUCUUACCUAUUGGUGCAGCUCCUGGUUCUCCAGGUCAAGCAAGGAGUGUUCAGUCCUUGAGCAACACAUUUCGUACUAAUUCGGAUGGAUUUACAGCAUCAAUGUCUUUUUCAGGUUCUCAGUCAUUUUAUCACAACCCAAGUUGCUCUCUGACGCAGAAUUCGAUGGACAACUUUGAGCAAUCGGUGAAAAGUCGUCCCAUUUUUCAGGGAAUCGAUUGGCAGGCACUUGCUCAAAAUGAGGCUAAGCAGAAGGAAGUUCCUCUGUAUCAAAGAAUCCUGAUGAAUGGAAAUGGUAGCAAUCAGCAGUCUCAAGCCAUUUCAAAUGGUCAGUCUGUGCAGGGGCAACAUUCUAAGAUUCCUGAAGGAAGCUCAAAAAUGGCCAAUGGAUUGGAAAGGCAACUAAGCCUCCACAAGCAGCUGUCAGGAGGACAGUCAAGGCACCACGACGAUGUUCGGUCACCUUCACAUAGUGUUGGGUCUCACGAAAUGGGAUCAAAUUAUAGCUUUGAGAGGAAGAGAGUAAUGAGGGAGAAAAGUAGUGGUAGCUUAUAUAGGAGUAGUAGCAUGAAGGAACAUGAAAAUUUUCUCAUUGGUGGGGCUGAAUUCGUUGAGACAGUGAUCGCCCGGAUAGUAUCAGAGCCAAUACAUGGAAUGGCUAGGAAAUUUCAUGAAAUGACAGGACAAUCCUUGGCAUGUCUGAAAGAGAGCAUGCGUGAGAUAUUGUUGAAUCCGGAUAAGCGUGGGCAAAUAUCUGUAAUCCAGAAAGCAUUGCAAGAGAGGUCUGAUAUAACCUUGGAGAUGCUACUAAAAUCCCAUCGUGCGCAAUUGGAAAUCUUGGUUGCUUUGAAGACUGCUUUACCAGAUUUUCUUCAGCAAGCAAACACUGUUUCGUCUUCUGAUUUGGCUGAGAUUUUUCUCAAUUUAAGAUGUAGAAAUCUUUCUUGUCGGAGUUCUGUGCCAGUGGAUGAAUGUGAAUGCAAGGUUUGUGUGCAAAAGAAUGGUUUUUGCAGUGCUUGCAUGUGUCUUGUGUGCUCAAAAUUUGACAUGGCGUCCAAUACUUGUAGUUGGGUUGGGUGUGAUGUCUGUCUUCAUUGGUGCCACACAGAUUGUGGGUUACGGGAAUCUUAUAUAAGAAACGGACGGAGUGCAAGUGGAGCUCAGGGAACAUCCGAGAUGCAAUUUCAUUGCGUUGCAUGUGAUCAUCCUUCUGAGAUGUUUGGCUUUGUGAAGGAGGUUUUCCAAAAUUUUGCUAAAGAUUGGACAGCUGAAACAUUUUCCAAGGAACUUGAAUAUGUCAAGAGAAUUUUCGUUGCAAGUAAAGACUUAAGAGGGAAACGGCUUCAUGAAAUUGCUGGCUACUUAUUGGGAAGAUUGGCAAUCAAGUCUGACGUUACUGAGGUUUACGGUCAUAUCAUGGCUUUCCUGACUGAUAGUGAUUCUUCCAAGUCGAGCAAAGCACCAGUUUCAUCCGGGAAGGAACAAAGCAAAAUGAACAAUGGGAUUGCUGGACCCAGUCAAGAAGCAACAUGGCUAAAGUCUGUCUAUUCAGAAAAGGUUCCUCAGUUGGAAAUAGCUACUAGCUUACUACCUAGCUACAGCUAUGACCGAAAUGAAAAACGUAUUGUGGACUUGGACUUGCAAACAAGUUCUCAAAAGGAACCUCUUUUUGAUGAAUUGGAAAGCAUUGUGAGGAUCAAACAAGCAGAGGCUAAAAUGUUCCAGUCACGAGCGGAUGAAGCAAGAAGAGACGCUGAAGGACUGAAACGCAUAGCCAUUGCAAAGAAUGAAAAGAUUGAAGAAGAAUACACAAGUAGAAUUGCAAAGCUGCGUUUGGUUGAGGCUGAGGAAAUGCGAAGACAAAAAUUGGAAGAGCUCCAGAAUUUAGAACGAGCACAUCGUGAAUACUUCACUAUGAAAAUGAGAAUGGAAGAAGAUAUCAAAGAUCUGUUAUUGAAAAUGGAAGCUACAAAGCGGAAUCUUGCAAUGUGACCGCCAGAUUAACAACAUUUUUCUGUAGAAUUAUCAUCUUCCAGGUAUUAUACCCUUAAUGAUGUAAUUCUAUGGUUCUGAGAUGUAGUUCUUGAUCUGUAGGCUUUUCCUUGUUUUUUGUUUUUUGUAUUUUUUUGUUUUUUUUUCCCCUUUUCAAAAUUGUUUCUGUUGUAUUAGCUUUUGAAUUGCUAACCAGAAUCUGUACAGAACAGCAAAAUCUCUUUUAUGUUAUAAAACCAGUUCAAAUUUAUUA